AUGUCGGAACUCGACAGUCUAAUUGAUGAGCUUUUCCCUGAAACACACAUCAACGGAUGUAGCUCCGCUUCUCCUCCCGGACCGUCUCGCCGGCGGUCGGAGUGGGAUGAUGAAAGCGACGACGGCCAGGACAUUCGCACGUUCACUGGGGCGAAGGUGCAUGCUCUGCAGCAGCGUAACUCAACCUCAGUCUCCUCCUCCCGUGCAGAGCCUUCCACCACCGCGACAACAGUCGCCCCCACUCGCUGCUCAGGCGGGCAUUCCUUCGAUAACGAUGGUGACGCCGACGGCGACGUGGGUGACGCCGUAGCUUUCCACAACGUGCCUGGAGACUUGGUUGAUAAAGAGCUAAACGCGCGAUCGCUUACCAGCAUCUCAAAGUCCGUGCUCUUCCCGGUCCCGUUUCCGUCCCUCUCAGUCUCGGAGGGUUCCUACGCGUGUGCCUCGCGAUGCUAUCUCACAAACCUUGGAACACCCCUCCCCCGCGAUGCCGGUCACCCGACUUUGCAGCAGCUGCGCGCCAUCGCGGUGAAUGAGCAGGCGAACCUGGACACCUCCCGCAUUCAAGCGAUGCUGCGGAAGGGCGCUUUUCACGCUGCUAUAGCGAAACUGGGCAACGGCUGUCUUGACCAUCACGGCGACUUCACGGUCGACGGAGGCUGCCCGAACAUUUUGUGUCGCCAGUGCAACUACAUGGUCGUGCGGCUGCAGGGCGCCGAGUGGGACGACGACGGCGUGAACUUGUACUUAACCCUACGGAAUUACUAUCCAGACUGGUGUCGUUUGGCGAGUGCGACGCCGGUGGGGGUGGAGGACGGUGCCGAGGCAUCCCGCAGCGUCCUGCGUUCGAGUUUGGCGGCGGCAGCCUACUGCUGCCAGUGCUCGUGGGUAACAGUGAGAAGUAUCAAAGCUGUCAUUGAAACCCGGCUGACAGACAUUACGAUGACCAAACGUACGAGGGAGGGGGAGCACCCGUUUGCCACCGAGCUGCCUCCGGCAUUUGAGGAAACGCGGCGACCGCCUCUGUGGGUGUGUCAUGGCCAUACGCGAUAA